AUGGAUAACCCGAUGAGCAAUCUCUCUCCGGAGGCGAGUGCCCUUUUCCUUUCCAACAUGGGGACCGUCCAGAUAGUGUCUAUGUUCGCGAUCUCAGCGUGGAGUGCAAUUGAGGUUAUAAUUGCCGUAUUCGAGACAUUCCAAAAGUAUCGUGGGCUAUACUUCUGGAGUCAAAUUCGCUAUACCAACCUAGCCCCUGCCAUUUCCGUGUCAGUCCCCUAUGUCAUUGGGUGGAUGUGGAUGGUAACUGGACAAGCGUUAAUGCUGUGGUCAAGGCUGCACCUCGUUGUGGCCGACGUCCGCCAUGUGCGAUGGGUCCUAUGGCUCAUCAUAGCCAAUGUUUUCGUUCUCCACAUUCCCGUGGGAGUCCUAUUCUUUCUCAAAAGUUAUGAUACACGCUUCGUCCGCGCCGCAUACGUCUACGACCGUUUACAGACAAUCGGAUUCGCCUGCCAAGACACAUUGUUGUGCGGCAUCUACGUCCGCGAAGCACUCCGAGCGCUCAAGCCCGUCUUCGAAUCCAAAGGUGCCCAAGGACAAAGGAUCAUCUACCGAAUCCUCUUCGUCAAUAUCAUCGGCAUCGUACUCAACAUGUUGGUCGUUGCUGCCGAGUUCCAAUUCCACUACUACGUCGCAAGCGGAAGGAUACUCGCAUACAGCAUCAAGCUGAAACUCGAAUUCCUCGCCCUCACGCAGCUCCGUGAUCUGACACGCACUUACUCAUGCACUUUGUGCCGAGGGGCUCAUGGCAACGUGAGUAGUUCAGCCGACAUCAACCUCUUCGACAUGCUUGCAACUAGUCCCCCGUCACAGGAUAGCGAGGCGCAAACCUCCUCCGGUGUUACAAAUACUGUGUCCCCAAUACCGCAUUCUGAACGCAGCGGCACGUACGAUUUCCACGAGGCAAUGCGCCAGACAAUGUCGACUGUGAACUCUGAUGAGUCACAAGAAUGUAGUCGGCCUCGGAUGCACUCGUCUGAAUCGCAUUCUACGGUUGAAAUGACAUUGCUCGAGCGACCGAAGUAA